UGCCGCCCCGGGGGUGCCGCAGGAGGGCCCGCACCGGCCCCGCGCCCGCUCUCCAUGCUGCGCUGGCUGAUCGGCGGCGGCCGGGAGCCGCAGGGCUUGGCCGAGAAAUCCUCUGUACAGACAAUUGGUGAAGAACAAAUACAGAAUCCUUACACGGAGCUCCUUGUGUUGAAAGGUCAUCAAGAUAUAGUACGAUUUCUAGUGCAAAUAGAUGAUUGCAGGUUUGCAUCUGCAGGAGAUGAUGGAAUCAUAUUUCUGUGGAAUGCUGAGACUGGAGAAAAACUUCAUGAACUUCAUGGGCACACACACAAAAUUACAGCUAUAGCACCGUUUUCUUCAUCAGAUGUUGCUGAAGAAAAAACUAAUUUGAUUAUAACAGCAUCAGCUGAUAGAACAGUUAUUGUUUGGGACUGCACUAGUGGCAGACAGGUUCAAAAAGUGUCAUGUUUCCAUUCUACUGUAAAGUGUUUGACAGUUCUUCAAAGACUCAAUGUAUGGUUGUCUGGAGGGAGUGAUCUAUGUGUUUGGAACCAAAAAUUAGAUCUCUUGUGUAAGACCAGUCAUCUUACUGAUGCAGGCAUCAGUGCUUUGGUUGAAUUGCCCAAAAAUUGUGUUGCAGCAGCAGUUGGCAAAGAGCUAAUAAUUUUUAGGCUGAGUGCUUCUAACAAUGGGUCUGAAGGUUGGAAUAUCCUUGAAGUAAAGCGCCUUGUUGACCAUCAGGAUAACAUUUCAUCAUUAGUCAGUGUUAAUGAUUUGACUUUUGUGACAGGUUCUCAUAUAGGUGAGUUAAUAGUUUGGGAUGCGCUUGACUGGACAAAGCUGGCAUCUGAGUGCAACUUCUGGGACUCCUCUGUCCAUCCAGAUGUACAACCAGAAAUAAAGUUAUCCCAAAGCCCACAUGAAACUUCAGUUCAACACUUAACAUCUGAUGAGGAGUGUGUGUUUGCUGCUGUUGGGAAAGGCAUAUACGUAUAUAAUCUUCAAAUGAAGCGUGUGAUUGCCUGCCAGAGAACUGCUCAUGACUCCUCUGUGCUGCACAUUGAGAAGCUUCCAAACAGGCAGCUGAUCUCCUGUUCAGAAGAUGGCAGUGUGCGCAUUUGGGAACUCAGAGAAAAGCAGCAGCUGCCAGCUGAACCAGUUCCGACAGGGUUUUUCAACAUGUGGGGAUUUGGAAGGACAAACAAGCAGGCAAACCAAGCUGCUAAGAAGAUGCAGGAGAAUACACCUGUGUAUUUCUUGGAGCUGGUUGGUGAUUUGAUUGGUCAUUCAUCAGCUGUGCAGAUGUUCCUGUACUUUGGUGAACUGGGAUUGGCUACAUGCUCUGCUGACCACCUCAUUAUUUUGUGGAAGGAUGGUGAACGAGAAUCUAGCCUCCGCAGUUUAACACUAUUUAAAAAAUUGGCACAGAAUGGUGAUUUGCAGCUCAAACUUUAAAUUGUUUGAAUAUAGGCUGUAUAUAUGUAAACUGGAUGUGUUUUAAAUAUGAGUGUAAAGAAUCUGGGAGUCUGACUUCUAGUAGAGCUUACACUUAAUGUCAUGUGUUAUAUUGGAACUUCUCUUAGUUGCUACUCUUCUCAAAGGGGGAUUUUGCAUUUUGUUACUCUCUGUCAGCAGAAAUGGUGUUCUCUUGAAAGACUGAAGGUAGUAAUGACUCAUUAAAUAGUUUCUAGUAUUAUUCCAAAUGUUUAAAAUUAUCAUGAGUGAAUGUCAAAAUUAAGAAUUGUGAAAUACAGUAGAUGGAUCAUAAUUAAAGCAGUUGAGGGCAUCCACA